AGAGAUGGAGAAAAAUUGUAUUUUUCGGGGGAAGGAGAGCAGAAAAUUUGUUAAAAUCCUUCCGUCGAAGGAUCUUUUGAAAAAGCGAAAAAGACUUGGUUAUCACAGAUAGACAGGAUUCUCUAAGCACGCUUCCCGACGGCUGUCGACUUGCCACAACACACGUUAACACAAUCGUCUUCACAUCUUCGCCAACCAUUGAUCACCGACAAAUAUGAACACCAUUUUAUCCACGUAUCGCAAUCUUUAAAAUCUACAUUUAUUCCAACAUCAAAUCUCUCGUGUAUAUAAAAUGUAAACAAACGAAGCAUCUCCAACAGUCUAUACUCGACAAAAAUUUAACAACAAUAAUAUCUCUCGGGCCUUCGAGCGUUCCAAGAAAAACUUCACAACAUUCGCCAGUUCAUAUGAAGCUGAUGGAAGCGCGGCCUCGUCGCUCGUAGUGCGUCAUCGAGCUCGGAAGGAUAUAGAUGCAAAAUAAGUGAGAUCUCUCCAGUGGAGAGAGAAACAGUCGCCACGUUGGUACCAAACAUGGUCCUGGAGCCAGGAGGUGGUCUGUCCUUCCCACUGCCUCCUGGUAGCGGUUCCGCCGGUUCCGGUGGUUCCCUGCUGACACCGGCCAGACUGUUCCAGAGGGCGACACCCGUGUUUCCGUUCCACCUGGCAGGAUGGCCACCCCAUCAUCCGGUCCUCGGCCAGGUACAAAGCCAGGUACAACAGACGAUGCAGGCCCAGCAUCAGGCGGCGGCUGCCGCUGUCAGGUUCCUCAGUCAUCAUCAUCCUCAUCAUCCGCAUCCGGCACUGGGGAACCACCCCCUGGUGCCGGCGAUAACUAGCCACCAUCCGACCGCCCAUCAUCUUCAUCACGGUGCCGAUCACGCCGACGAGGAUGACGAGAAGAAAGGUUGCGAUGGGGAAUCGGACGAAGGUGGAAGCAAGAGGCGAAGGAGCAGGACCAACUUCAAUAGCUGGCAACUGGAGGAAUUGGAACGGGCAUUUCUCUCGAGUCAUUAUCCCGAUGUGUUUAUGCGAGAAGCUCUGGCUGUGAGACUCGAGUUGAAAGAGAGCCGCGUAGCGGUAUGGUUCCAGAACAGAAGGGCAAAGUGGAGGAAGAAGGAGCAUACGAAGAAGGGUCCAGGAAGGCCGGCGCACAACGCUCAUCCUCAGAGCUGUAGUGGCGAACCAAUUCCACCUGAAGAGUUGAGAAGGAAAGAGAGGGAAAGGCGGCAGAAGAAAUUGCUGAAAGCUCUUGAACGACAGCAGAGGAAAUUAGCUGCAAAGGGAAUCACCGUCGACCUCUCGACCCUUCGAGCCGAAUGGGAGUCCCGAAGCGCGGCAGCAUCCGGCGGAAACUCCCUGAACGGAAGCCUGGGAAGCUCUUUCAACCAUUUGAGCAACAACAACGAGAGCAGCAGCGUGUCGGGCUCUGGUAACGACGCGAACGAGGAGAUAGACGUGGUCGGUGGUUUAGAUUCGUGCAGCGAGAGUGGCAGCGAGAGGGUGGACUCCACCGCCGAUGGAUCCAUCGAUGGAGAGUGUUACUCGAGACUAGGGAACGGUGGCAACGAUCAGAACGAUCCUCGAAGAUCGGUGAACCAGGUUGCGGGAAGUCUUCAAAGUCCAAACUCGAGCCUGAACCUGGACCACUUGAAUCAUCAGCAAGGGAUCCAUCACUGGGGCCUGAGCUCCCUUCUCGAAAGAAGGAGAGAGUUGGUGAACAUCAACAGUGCGGGUGGACCUCGUCAAACAACGAACAACCCUGGAAGAACGUCGGUCAGGCAACAGACCAGCGAGGAAGAGGUGCAGAGCAGUAGCAUAGACCUGUCUGUGAAAGGGAGGGAGGAGAGGAAGAGGCUCAACCCUUUCUCCAUCGAUAGUCUAUUGGGUAAUAACAGAACCAGCACCCCUGGUGUUGUACACAACGAAUACAGAGCGUCGACGCCCACUCUGUCGAACGGCAGGGAGUCCAUCAGCCCGACGUCACCGAUCUCGGUUCCAACUUCGCCAUCCACCACGUAGUGAGCCAAGAAUCCGUGUUUCUUCUGUUCGUACGUGGUGGCGAAUGAUUCGAGUUUCGAUGUUGGAACACAACGAAGAGACGGGCCAGUUUCGCGAGGACGUUAUUAAGGAACAUUAUCGAGAACAACGAGACGGAAGAUAGAGUUUGUCACAGUUUUAGGAUAGCAAUUGUAUUAUCUGUUCUAAAAAA